GCCGCUUACUUUACCCGACCAAGGUCUUCAAAUAUGCCAGGCAACGACGGGUAUGGAGCUCGAUGGAUGCGGUACCUGGGUGUCGGCAGCGACGGGAGCUUGUUCCAAGAGCGAAAGGCUUACGAGACACUGCGUGACCAACUCAAGUUCCGCCCGACCUCGGAACAUCACCCGUUGAGCGAAGCUGACGACAAUCCGUGGAACCAGUUCUUCGCGGACGACACUCUUGUGCGGGAAAUCAACACCGACUUGGACCGAUUGUAUCCGCAAGGUCAAGAAACGUUCUUCCAAGAGCGGAAGGACUACAUGGACAUGCUGCGCAAUGUGUUGUUUGUGUGGUGCAAGCAGCAUCCGACGUUGGCAUACCGACAAGGCAUGCACGACCUCGUCGCGGUCGUCCUAUACGCGUGCGUCGAUGGAAUCGACGGCAGCGACGACGAUCGCGUCGAGUUCCUCGAGCACGACACGUAUAUUCUGUUCCAGCGCAUCAUGGUGUGGAUGAAACCACUGUAUGCCAUCCAAACCAUCGCUCCCGUCGAGUCGGACGCCACCCCGUCCACCGACGCUGUAGACGACGACACCACUCUCUUCCCUCUACCCACGGACCGCGGCGCCGCCGUCCCGCUCGAAGAACGCCCUCUCUUCCGCGCGUCCAACGGUCCCGACAACGCCGACUCCUUUCCGAGCCCGACCGCGCAAUCUGCCCUCCAACUGCUCUGCCACGUCGUUCAGUACGAAUUGCUCGCCAAGCACGACCCCCAACUCGCGCGCCAUCUCCAAAACGUCCAAGUGCUACCCGAAACGUACUGCCUUCGAUGGCUGCGUCUCCUUCUCGCGCGGGAAUUCCCGUUCGACCAAACAUUGCGGGUAUGGGAUGCCAUGUUCGCAUCAUCGUUAUCGUCGUCUGACCCAACCACUUUGGAGCUGCUGCCGUACAUGUGUGUGGCGGUCCUCGUCCACUUCUCCGCGGCGCUUCGGGACUGCGACAACACGGGGUGCCUGCAGCUGCUCAUGCGGCCUUCGUCCGUUGGCCUGCCCGCGCAAUCGAUCGUCGACAGCGCGCUCCUCAUGCACAAUCCCAUGAUCGAGACAGACCACGACGACAUGGACGUCGUGCGCUUUGACGAUGGAUCCCCCCUCGGCAUUGUGCUCACGAACGCGCAGUCCCCAUAUGACUUUCGCCUAGCGGUCAAGGAAGUGUCGGGUCGAGCGCUUGAAAGCGGCCGUGUAUUUGUCGGCGAUUUGGUCGAGAGCAUCAAUGGCGUCAAAAUGUAUCAGAUAUCGACGGACGAGAUCAAAAAGCAUAUUGCGCUGCUGCCGCGGCCGCUGUACGUGUCGUUUCUGCAUGUCACCGACUCGAUUCCGCCUGAUGAGCAUGCCGCCCCCCCCCUCCACCAAACAUCCUUCGCGUCGUCGUCGGCAUUGUCGCCCCCGCCAGCGUUUGUCCUCCCCGACGACACGCCCCUGCCGUCAUUCCUCGAUGGCGAGCAAUGCUAUGCCCACGUCGAGACCUCCAUGCACCAGCCAGUGUUCCACGCUGCGUCGGGCUCAUGCGCGGCGCAUUUUGUCCCCGGUCGCCUCUUUCUGACCAACUACCGGUGUCUAUUUCAAGGAGGCGGCGGCGGCAGUAGCAGCGGCAUUGGAACGAUGUGGGAGAUUCCCAUCUUGUCUGUGGCUGCUAUUCUCGUGGGGGACGCGACGCCGCUCGAUUUCAAUCCGCUCGCCGCCGCCUCGAGCCAAAACCACCCCCGCCAUCACCACCACACACUCACGCUCGUGUGCAAAGACACACAGCAAGUUCAGUUUGCCUUUCGAGAUGGCCAAGAGUUUACACGCACGCACAAGUGUCUGUCGGUGCUGGCAUUCCCAGCGUCGCUCACGGAUGCGUUCUGCUUCUUCUACCGCCCGCACACGCUGCCGUCGGACGUGGUCGCGCCAUUCGAUAUCCGCGCCGACUACCAGCGCCUCGGCCUCCUCCACGGCCGGUUUCGAUGCAUCGAUCAAGCGUACUUGUUGUGUGAUACGUACCCGCGGUUCGUGAUGGUGCCGGCCGACAUGUCGGACGUCAAGCUGCAGGCGGCAGCGGCGUUCCGGUCCAGUCAGCGCCUCCCGGUCGUGUGCUGGCAGCACCCGACAAACCACGCGGUGAUCGCGCGGUCGUCACAGCCCCUCGUGGGUCUCAAGUCGGCGCGGUGUGCUGAAGACGAACAGCUCGUGGCGGCCUUGUUGUGUGGAGGGGGAAGUAGCAGCAGCAGUAGUCUGUUGUUUCCGUCGGCGCAUCGAUAUGUCAUCAUGGACGCGCGGGGGCAGCUCGCGGCGGCGGGGAACAAAGCCAUGGGCAAAGGAACUGAAAGCACGGCCAACUACCGCGGCGCCAAGCUCGUGCACAUGAACAUGGAGAACAUCCACGCGAUUCGGAAUGCGUUUUCCAGUGUGAGCGCGGCGUUCGAUCCGACGGACACGACGGACAGCGCCAGCUUUUUGCACAAAAUCGACCAUUCUGGCUGGCUCAAGCACGUUCGAUUGGUGCUCAAGGCGUCGUGGGACUUGGCCGAUUACGUGCACAACAGCGGCGUGUCGGUGCUCACACACUGCAGCGACGGAUGGGACCGCACCGCGCAGAUGGUGUCGCUUGCCGAGCUCAUGCUGGAUCCAUUCUAUCGGACGCUGGAAGGGUUCGCGGUGCUCGUGGAGAAGGAAUGGUGCAGCUUUGGCCACCAAUUUGGGCUCCGGUGUGGCCACGCCCGCAGUGACGUGUCCAACGACCAGCGGUCGCCCAUCUUUUUGCUCUGGCUCGACUGCAUCCACCAGCUCUUGCGGCAGUUUGAGACGGAGUUUGAGUUUGCGUCGACGUUGCUCCUGUUCUUGGCAGACCACGUGUACAGCUGCAAGUAUGGCAACUUUAUGUUUGACUGCGAAAAGGCUCGCGUCGACUGCUUUGACAAGUACGCAGCUACCAACAUCUGGUGCGACGUCCAAUCAAAACGCGACACGUUUGCCAACCCCCGGUUCAGCCCCGAGCGCACCGUGCUGGCGCCGUCUACCGCAUGGAAAAACAUUGUGCUGUGGAAAGCGUACUUUGCCCGGUUUGACCCUACGUUUGUGCCUCCGGUCGAGUGUGUCCAGUUUUAUUCGUAGACUUAAAGGGCAUGUGGUUGGUUGCGGAAUCCACAGUUGCUCGACAGAAUACAGUUUAAAUAUGAGAUACAGUAUACUAGUAUAUAUAUAUAUA